CCUCUCCCCGCUCCCCGCGGCGGACGGGGCGGCGCCUCCCCGGCCCUGCCCGGCCCGGCGGAGGCGGUGGGCGGCUCCUGCGGCCGCGGCAUAAACCGGCGGCCCCUCCCGGCUGGACGGUGGGCAGGAGAUCGGUGUUCCCGCGGGAGCCGGGCGGAGGCUGCAGCCGCGGCUCCGGCUUUCCAGCCGAGGGGCUGCUCCCGGUGGCAGCGGCGGGGCGGGGAGCUGCGGGGCACGGGCGCGCCGCCUCCUCCUCCUCCUCCCGGCUGCCGCGGCCUCGCUCGCACGGCAGCAGCGGCGGCGGCGGGCUCCGGCGGGCUCCCCCCGGCUCCCCCCAUUGUCUGCCCGCGGGCGGAGGGCUGCGCUGCCCGCCCGCCCCCCGCCCUCGCCUUUGUGUGCUCCGGCCGGCGGCGGGGCGGCGCGGCGCCCGCCGUGAUGCGCGCUGCGGGGCGGCGGGGGGUCCGCUCCUCCCGGUGAGAGGCGGGGAGGGACCCAGCCCCUGCCCCGGAGGUUUCUUUUAUUUUUUCCCACCCGCAGCAACCGGAGGAGGGGGACUAUGGACUGAGCGCAUCGGUGUACCAUGGAGUCGGGCAUCCGCUUGAGCACGCUCUGCCUUCUCCUCUGCCUGGGGCCAGUUGUAGGAUUUGGCGUGGACCCCUCGCUGCAGAUCGACGUGCUGUCCGAGCUACAGCUGGGAGGCUCCGCGGAGGGCGUGCGCCAGGUGCCGGGGCUGCACAACGGGAGCAAAGCCUUCCUCUUCCCAGAUACUUCAAGAAGUAUAAAGGCAUCUCCAGAAACAGCUGAAUUAUUUUUUCAGAAAUUAAGAAAUAAAUAUGAAUUCACAAUCCUGGUGACCUUAAAACAAGCCCAUUUGAAUUCAGGGGUUAUUCUCUCAAUUCAUCAUUUAGACCACAGGUACCUGGAGCUGGAAAGCAGCGGUCAUCGAAAUGAAAUCAGGUUGCAUUAUCGUUCAGGCAGUCAUCGCUCCCACACAGAAGUAUUCCCAUACAUUUUGGCAGAUGAUAAAUGGCACAGGCUUUCCUUAGCAAUCAGUGCCUCUCACUUGGUUUUACAUGUGGACUGCAAUAAAAUUUAUGAAAGAGUUGUGGAGAAGCCCUUCAUGGACUUACCUCUGGGUACAACCUUUUGGCUGGGACAGAGGAAUAAUGCACAUGGUUAUUUUAAGGGCAUAAUGCAAGAUGUGCAAUUACUUGUCAUGCCUCAAGGAUUUAUUUCUCAAUGCCCAGAUCUUAAUCGCACAUGCCCAACUUGUAAUGACUUCCAUGGGCUUGUGCAGAAAAUUAUGGAACUGCAAGACAUUUUAGCCAAAACAUCAGCUAAGUUGUCCCAAGCUGAGCAGAGGAUGAACAAGCUGGAUCAGUGCUACUGUGAAAGGACCUGCACAAUGAAAGGCAUGACUUACAGAGAGUUUGAAUCCUGGACAGAUGGCUGUAAGAACUGCACUUGCAUGAAUGGUACUGUGCAGUGCGAGGCUUUGAUUUGCCCCCUCUCUGACUGCCCGCUUAACUCUGCCCUGGCGUAUGUGGAUGGCAAGUGCUGCAAAGAAUGUCAAUCGGUGUGCGUAUUUGAAGGCAGAACCUACUUUGAAGGACAAAGGGAAACUGUGUAUUCAAGCUCAGGGGACUGUGUUCUGUUUGAGUGCAAGGAUCACAAAAUGCAGCGUGCUCCAAAAGACAGUUGUACACCUUUGAACUGCCCAGAAUCUCAGCAGAUCCCCUUAUCUCACAGUUGCUGCAAAAUCUGUAAAGGCCAUGACUUUUGCACUGAAGGACAUAACUGUAUGGAGCAUUCUGUCUGCCGAAACCUAGACGACAGAGCUGUCUGCAGCUGCCGAGACGGCUUCCGAGCCCUUCGGGAGGACAAUGCCUACUGUGAAGAUAUCGAUGAGUGUGCUGAAGGACGUCACUACUGUCGUGAGAAUACCAUGUGCGUAAAUACACCAGGAUCCUUUAUGUGCAUCUGCAAAACAGGAUAUAUACGCAUUGAUGAUUAUUCAUGUACAGAGCAUGACGAAUGUAUAACAAACCAGCACAACUGUGAUGAAAAUGCACUCUGUUUCAACACUGUGGGAGGGCACAACUGUGUCUGCAAGCCAGGUUACACAGGAAAUGGUACCAUCUGCAAAGCCUUUUGCAAAGACGGGUGUAGGAACGGAGGAGCCUGUAUUGCUUCCAAUGUGUGUGCCUGCCCACAAGGCUUCACUGGGCCCAGCUGUGAAACUGACAUUGAUGAAUGUGGAACUGGAAGGCAUAGCUGUGCCAAUGACACUGUUUGCUUUAACUUGGAUGGUGGGUACGACUGUCGAUGUCCCCAUGGCAAGAACUGCACGGGAGACUGUAUCCAUGAAGGCAAAAUCAAGCACAAUGGUCAGAUCUGGGUGCUGGAAAAUGACAGAUGCUCUGUCUGCUCGUGCCAGAGUGGAUAUGUGAUGUGCCGGCGAAUGGUCUGCGACUGUGAAAAUCCCACCGUUGACCUAUUUUGCUGUCCUGAAUGUGACCCAAGGCUCAGCAGCCAAUGUUUACAUCAGAGCGGGGAGCUUUCCUAUAACAGCGGUGACUCCUGGAUACAGAACUGUCAGCAGUGUCGCUGUUUGCAAGGCGAAGUUGACUGCUGGCCCUUGCCAUGCCCAGAGGUGGAUUGUGAAUUCAGCGUCCUCCCUGAGAAUGAGUGCUGCCCGCGCUGUGUCACUGACCCCUGCCAAGCGGACACCAUUCGCAAUGACAUCACUAAAACCUGCCUGGAUGAAACCAAUGUCAUUCGCUUCACUGGAUCUUCUUGGAUUAAGCACGGCACAGAGUGCACCCUCUGCCAGUGCAAGAAUGGCCACGUCUGUUGCUCAGUGGACCCACAGUGCCUUCAGGAACUGUGACACCAACAACCGUCUCUCACAAGCAGUUUCUGGUUAAAGAAUUGUCCUUCACAAAAAAGACCUUUAGACCAAAAAUUGUACAAAAUUAAAACUAAAAUUAGAUUGGUUUUGUCCGUCUAAAGUGGAGAUAUGUGAUGAACUCAGUUACCUGAAUCAGAGUGACAUUUACGAGACUCAAGCUCAGAUGUGUAAGCCUUUAUAUGAGGUUAGGCUCCAAUCUUUGGCUAUUUGUCUGACAUCAUUAUGCAGAAUAUUUAGGUUAGUGUAAAGUGACAUAUUGUAAUGCUGUACAUAACGAUGUCAAGAUCCAAAAUCAACUAGGAACUCUUACAGGGUCUUCCGAAGCUUCGAGAGUCCAACACUUGACCAGAUGCAGAGAUUUUUACCUAAUCAUAUUUGGAUCUGCACAAAUAGGUUUGCUCACUGCAGAAUUUAGCAGAUGUUUUAAGUAAAAGGAUGAAGCCUUCAGGAAUAAAGAACUUAGCAGCUAAGAUGUGAUAUGUACAGUAUGUGCGCUGAGAAAAAAGGAUAGAAGUUAUUGUAAAAACAAAGCAAAACAAAAAAAAAAAACACAAAAAAAAAAAACCCAAAAAGAAAAACCGUGAUGCACAGGCAUGGCUUCUUAAUGUUUUCUGAUGGAAAAAGUCAUCAAUAUUUCCUUGUUUUACUGCACUUACUAUUAUUUCUUGAUUGAAUUUGUUCAGUAUAAGCUUGUUAUUGUGCAAAUUUAAAUAAAUAUUUCUCUUACCUUA